UUGUAUUGGUGCCUGCGUAUCAGAGCGUCGAACGGUGCCUCCUGCUAUUUACUGCUGCUGCUGCGUUCGCAAUUUUAUUUUAUUUUAGUUUGGCGUCGAGCAGUUUAUAGUGCGUUUCUGUGUAUAUUAAACGAAGCCCGAGUUCUGUUUAUAACCGGGACCGGCUCGUAUUAAAAUAGUUGUGUAGUGUCGUCUGCUUGAAUAAUCCGAUCCAACCAUGGGAGGUUUCGCAUGGGUUACUUUAGCCACAAACGACUCCUAUUCUUUAGGAGCUUUAGUUUUAGCCCAUUCAUUAAAACAGGCCGGAACUGUGCAUCAAUUAGCCGUAUUGAUAACACCUGGGGUUACCAGAGCUAUGCGCGAAAAACUGGAAACAGUAUUUAAUGUAGUUAAAGAAGUGAACGUAUUAGACUCCAGAGACGAGGCUAACUUGAAACUGCUUAAGAGGCCAGAGUUAGGGGUUACGUUUACGAAACUACAUUGCUGGACGUUGACAGAGUUCGAUAAGUGUGUCUUUUUAGAUGCAGAUACUUUGGUGCUGCAAAACGCUGAUGAACUCUUCGAAAGAGACGAAUUUUCAGCUGCUCCCGAUGUUGGUUGGCCGGAUUGUUUCAACUCUGGAGUAUUCGUUUACCGACCUUCACUACAAACGUACGAGAGCCUUAUUCAGUUCGCCUUGGAAAGAGGGAGUUUCGAUGGAGGAGACCAAGGAGUCUUAAAUCUCUACUUCUCAGACUGGGCGCACAAGGAUAUCAGCAAGCAUCUGCCGUUCAUUUACAACAUGUGUUCGACUGCUUGCUACUCGUAUCUUCCAGCAUUUAAACAGUUUGGAUCGAAUGCAAAAAUAAUGCACUUCAUCGGAAGCCAGAAGCCGUGGUUGCAGUAUUUUAACACUGAAACUCGAAAGGUUCAACCCUCAGGAGACUCGUCACAUUUGGAGGGAGUGUUGCAGCGUUGGUGGGACAUCUUUUGCUCCCUUAUCCACCCACAUUUGUCACCUGCGAUGCAAGGUCAGUCGCAGCACGGAAUGAGCACGUCCUAUAUCCCACCCCGAUACGACCCUCCUCCCAAUCCCACUGCGUCUGCGGAUGAUUGCGAAAGUGCGUGGGAUCCGUGGGAUGAUUAUGACCGAAAAAUUGCUCAAAAUGCGCACAAUGUCCAACCUCUAAAUACAAACGCUAGUUGUGUUGCUGAUCAACCGCAGUCGCAGAACUAUAACACUUCUCCUAGCCAAAGCAAUAGUUUUUAUCAGCCAUCUAGACAUUCAGUUAACUAUGAGCAUAUUUCUAAAGUUCCUACACCGCCACCCUCACCUGCUCCUCCUCAGUAUCAUCCGCCCCCACCUGAAAAUUAUCCCCAAGAAAAACAUCAUGAACAAACUACUUCUCACCAAGAGCUACAUCAUCAGCAAACUAGUACUCACCAAGAAACACAUCAUCACAAUAUCUCUCACGAAGAGCAAUCACAUCAUCAUAAUAUUUUCCCUGAGGAAGUAUAUCAUCAACCCCAUCAUGUCCAUAAUGAUCCUCCUCAUCAAGCACCUGUUGGUCAUACUGAUCAACCCUAUUCAGACCAAACUGAAAAACACGAAUCACAUCACUCGUACCAUCAAACUAACCCCCCAGAGGAGAGUUUGCCACCCUGUUCCCCGCCCCCUCCCCCUGACCAAACUCCCGUGUUACCAAACGAAUGCAACGCUACCACUACCGCUUCGAACGAGAUCUCUGUGAGUGAUACUAUUGAGGAUAGUAAUGAUCACGAUGAUGCCGGUUUGGCAGGAGCAUUUUCUCAGUUGACCCUGGGCGUGGCGAGGACAGCAGAACAAGAUGCUUUAGAAAAUGUAUUAAGAAAGCAAGCUUGGGAGGUCGGAAAUAUAGAUUAUCUAGGAAAAGAUUCCUUCGAUAACAUUUGGAGUAAAAUCAGUGAAACCUUAAGUUCUGGACCAGCUCAGUCUCAGUCUGCUGUUGCUGUGGCUGAGACCCCUGCAGAAGUAGCGCCAUCUGCUCCUGCCGAAAGCCAAAGCCAAACAGUCCAACAGGAGGCACAACCCUCCGAUAAAACCAUAGAAAAAAUACAAUCUAAUUUAACACAAGAACAAACAAAAACACCUGAAACGGAUGAGCCUAAACCUGCUCAACCUACUUGCCCAAUGACACCUAAAUCUGAAGAACAAGAGCCCAUUGUUUGCCCCUUAGUUCAACCAGAAGUACCAGCAUUAACAACUGAAUCGCCUUCACCUAAAACAGAAUCUCCACCAGUCUUAACCAAAGCUCAAACCGUCACACCAGAACCUCCAGUGAGUUCUGAGACUCCCAAAGUUGAGACACAAGAAGCUGUAGCUGACCCCACAAAAGAACCGACCACGGCUGUACAGGAAACUGCAUCAUUAAAAGGUGAAACGGAAGCCCCAAUAGAGCAGCCUCCAGCCUCACUCAUAACAUCACUACUACCCAAAGAAGAAACACCAACAGACACUGUGGUGCCACAAGUAUUAACGGAAACUUUAGGAACUACCGAACAAGCAAAAGAACAAGUUGUUGUUGAGAAAGAACCUGUCCCAGCACCAGAAACACCUAAACAACAACCACAAGCUCUACCAGAACCAGUAAAAGAGCCCUCUGAAGCCCCCAAAGAACAACCCCAAGUUCUAUCAGAACCGGUAAAAGAUACUGAAGCACCCAAAGAACCAGCUCAAGUUCCAUCAGAACCCCUAAAAGAGCCCUCUGAAGAACAACCUCAAGUACUAUCAGAACCAGCAAAAGUUCAACCGAAAGCUGUCUCAGAACCACUUGCAGCAUCAACAACAGAGCAAUCUCAGUUUGUUCCUCUAGCACCAAAAGAAGAGCCGCCAAAACCAGCGGUAGAACCUCUGCCACUUGCUGUAGCACCACCAGUAUCUGUAGAGCAACCUCCCAAAGGACAGUUGGCACCUCCGGAGGAGCCAAUCGUAGCUACGCCUCCGAUUCCAGCUCCGGAGGUUAAACCAGAAGCUCCUAAACCAGAGGUUGAAGAUGUUAAGCCGGUUGCUAAGGGCGUGAGUGAGGCUCAAGCGGAAGCUGCUGCUCCGUCUAAGGAAAAAUCCGAAGAGAGCCAAGAGGCUGCCAAAGGAGCUACCCCAACCCCGCCGCCAAGGAAGACUGACAAGCCGAAAAAGGGGGCGGCCAAAUCGAAAAAAUAAGAUUCCUGCGUUUUUUUUUUUAAGGAAUCCUUUAAUAUGUGCAAUUUUUGUUGUUCCGUAUUGCCCGUGUGAUUAAAACAAUAACCGAUGUUUUUUUUUAUUUAUUUAUUUUUUUGUAAGGUUUGAAUAAAGUUUUUCAAUAUUU